CCACAAGCAAUGGCAACUUGUCGCACUGUGUGACUUUGCAAGACAUUCAACAAGUGUUUCCAGGUGCGCUCCGAUUCAAACUUGAUGGGCAUCCUGUUCCAUUCCUUGCAGACCAUAACGGCACCUGGAUCGAGCCUUUGCGCAUUGCAUUCUAUCCUGACAAGAUCCUAGACGUCAUUGCGGAAGUAUCACAGUCCAGUAGUAGCAACAGCGAAAGCAACAGUAGCAGCAACGCCAUUGUCCAUUUGCCAACGUCGAGAGACUCGGAUAAUUUAGUCUCUCAGAACCCAUCUGUUACUGCUCAAAGCUUGGAAGAGAUUAAGGAGUUAGUGAUAGAAACCCCUAAAAUGCAAUCGGAGACGGUUAAACUGCAGCAUCAAGCCCUUGACAGACUUGCCAUCCUUCAACAGAAAGCUGAUGCUAUCCUUGUCCAGACCUUUGAGCUACACGAGUAUCCAAUUCCUCGACUCUUUAUCAUUCUGCCUGUUGACAGCACCAAAUGGGAUCCAAUGAAUGUCUUGAGGAACAAGGUUCGCCUUCACUUCCUAUGUGAAUGCGAGGAUCGCUCUGAAAAGGCAAGCAAGGACAGCCAGAAGAACAAAACUCAUCUUGCCAGACAUGAAGGAUAUGAGAUCCGAAACAGCACAGAGUUCUUUCAAAAGUAUGGGAAAUACAUGAUCAUCCUUUUACAGUGCCUCAGCGUAGGGAUGCCUUUGGCUGCCUCGCUUGGGUCAGUCCCAAAUCUCAAAGCCGGUAUUGAUUAUUCACUCGACUAUAUGAGAGCACUUUCUGUGGAGUAUCCGGCCCUGAAAGACAUCAACACAAUCGAGGACUACGAAGCACUUGAAGGAGCAGAUCUCCGAGGACUGAGCAAAUUCCUUCAAACCAAUGAUGAAAACAGGCAGCUUGGCAACUUGUACAGGAUCACGACAGAAGCAGGCCAUGUCAAAUGGGUUUGUGUCGAUCACUAUCGCUCAACAUAUAAAGAGAAAGAACAGAGAGCGUUUGAAGAUGUUGUGGAGAUGAAUGAAGGCAAAUAUGACUCACAGCUCGGUAAAGUGGUCAUUGAGUUGGAAUCUAGGAUCAGAGCUAGAGAGUUCUUCGAAGCCUUGACCAAAGCUAAACAUAUUUACGAGUUGGAGAUCACAUUCAGCAAGUACUGGGACUGGACCAAGACUGAUCUGGAAGGACUGAAGAAUGCACUGAGAGUAUCGAGUGUAUCGAUCCUUCGACUUGACCUUGGAGAAUCUCAAGAAAGCAUAGCCAGGAACCUAUUUUCAACACGAUAUGUAAAACUUGUAGGCAUCAUAGAACUUAACAAUAUGAAAACGAUUCAUGUUGUGCUUCCUCCGGAUGUCAAAUAUCUUUCCAAUCUACAAAGCGUAAAAUCGUCACACCUUUGCAAGUUAUCCUUUGGGAUGAGGCUUCGAAGCAUGAGAGCUAGUGAUUUUCGACGGCUUAUAAACUCACUCGAGGUUUUGGUCACUUUGGACUUAGCAUCUAACUCGAUUGGGAAUAAAGAGACUCUCGCACUUUCCAAGGUACUCAGGACAAACACCAGUUUGACCAAUUUAAACUUGCGGUACAACUCAAUUGGGGAUGAAGGAGCUCUGGCACUGUCAGAGGCACUCAAGACAAACACCAGUCUGACCAAUUUGGACUUACGAUACAACUCAAUUGGGAAUGAAGGAGCUCUGGCACUGUCAGAGGCACUCAAGACAAACACCAGUCUGACCGAUUUGGACUUGACUUGGAACUCAAUUGGGAAUGAAGGAGCUCUGGCACUGUCAAAGGCACUCAAGACAAACUCCUGUCUGACCAAAUUGAACUUAUGGAACAACUCAAUUGGGAAUGAAGGGGCUCUGGCACUGUCAGAGGCACUCAAGACAAACACCAGUCUGACUAAUUUGAACGUCAGUCACAACUCAAUUGGGAAUGAAGGAGCUCUGGCACUGUCAGAGGCACUCAAGAAAAACAUGGCUUUGAAGGUUUCUGUAUGAGGAAUGCUUUAAUCGAUAAGUAAAUAACUCUGGUGCUGUUAAUGCCGCUUAUUAUUGGCUGGCGUUGAGUCAUUUUCUGAUUUAGUUGAUUGGUUUGAUCAUUGAAGUAGUGAUGAGGUCUUUAGUGGUUACGGAUAGUAGUUUAUUUUGGAUUAAAAGCUGACUUACGGCAGCUAAGCGUCCGUAGCAGCGCUGC